CAGAAUACGGACAAGACCCUUCUUUAUUACAUCUCCAUGGCUUUUACCUGUUGGAAUGAACUGUUCAAUAUUCGCCGCGCGCUCCAGAAGAAUGCAAAGUUACGCCACAGCCAACGUUUUUCUGGUCUCGCUCGAUUUAACUUCCCUAUAGUCGCUGAUUUGAGAAAUCACAGGGUCAAAAUCAUAUGAUCAAUCAGCAGCAGAAAAUUCACAACCUCGAUAUUCCUGCUAAACUAGAAGGCGUUGUCAACGAAACAACUUUAAAAAUUUAAUUGUUUUCUUCUGUAAAGGGUAAAAAACAAAAGAAUUCACCAUGUCUCUCAGCGACGCCGACGUCCAAAAACAAAUCAAGCAUAUGAUGGCUUUUAUUGAGCAAGAAGCCAACGAAAAGGCCGAGGAAAUUGAUGCCAAAGCCGAAGAAGAAUUUAACAUUGAAAAGGGACGUUUAGUUCAGCAACAGAGGUUGAAGAUCAUGGAAUACUAUGAGAAAAAAGAGAAACAGGUCGAACUCCAGAAGAAAAUUCAAUCUUCCAACAUGUUGAACCAGGCUCGUCUCAGGGUUCUUAAGGUGCGUGAAGACCAUGUCAGGUCUGUUUUGGAAGAUGCCCGUAAACAUUUAGGAGAAGUUACCAGCGAUCAGGGCAAGUACGCUCAAAUUUUGGAAAUGCUCAUUUUGCAAGGACUUUUCCAGUUGUUCGAGAAGAACGUUAUUGUAAGGGUGAGGCCCCAAGACAGGCAGUUGGUGCAAUCGAUUCUGCCAAACGUCGCGACCAAAUACAGGGACGCCACCACGAAAGAAGUAAGCUUGAAAAUCGACGAGGACAACCAAUUGUCGCAGGAAACUACCGGGGGGAUCGAACUUUUGACCAGAAACAACAAAAUCAAGAUCAACAACACUUUGGAGGCGCGUUUGGAGUUGAUUUCUCAACAAUUGGUGCCCCAAGUUCGUACAGCCCUGUUCGGACGCAACGUCAACAGAAGAUUCACCGAUUAAAUUUUUUAAGAAAAUCUGUAUAUUUCGCUUUUUCUAGUAUUAAGUUUGCCACACAAUAAUUCCAUAAUUAACUUGUAAAAUAUUUAUGAAAUUCUGUAAAUAGAAUUGUUGUAUUCCAUUUUAUUUUUUAGUAUUAUUGCCUAGAGAUUUAAAUUUAAAACGUACUAUUUGUUAGAUGUGGUAGAGGGCAUGGCUUUUAAUUUAAAAAAGUCACUUUUUAAACCCCCAUAUUAUCUGUACACUAUGUUAAAUAAAAUGUUAAAAAAUCAA